AUGGAAAAUGAAGAAUGCGAAACAAAUAUGGUGGAUGGAAGCGGUUUUUAUGAGGCAGAAAGCAUCUUACAAAAGCGGAUAUAUGGGCGGCAAGUAUACUAUUUAGUUAAAUGGUCCAAUUAUCCUAUAGAAGAAGCAACUUGGGAGCCGAUAACAAAUUUGGGCAAUUGCAAGCGUUUGAUAAAAGAUUACGAACAAAGAAAAUCUGAACAUUAUAAGGACAUAUUAAAGGAAAACGCAAGUACAAAUCCACAAUCAUAUUGCGAAGUUGAACGAAUCGUAUGCAUGGAUUCGUCAGAAGAAAAUACGAAACCGUCCUAUGAAAUCGAAUACAAAGAUGGUCGAAGACGGUGGGUUGAUUAUGAAAUUGCACAUAAAUACUUAAAAGAUCAACUUAUUACAUAUUACGAAUCAAUGAUUAUUUAA